AUGGGGAUGAAGAGUCAGUUAUCAGCGGAUGCGAGGCAUCAGCUCGAUCGUUUCUGUCGUCAAUACCUUCAAGUUACGCUCGAACUCAAUUACCCGACUGAAGAACAUCUCAGAAGCGAUGCAUUCCAGCAGUCUAUUUACUCUCGGCUCUUCUCAGACGAUAUACAAUAUGCUCCUCCCCCAAGAUACCAACUCCGGGUCUUGAAGGAGCUGAUGAAGAGGAUUGAAGCCAGCAUUCAAGAUUGGGAUGAAGAAGGUAUAUCUGAUGAUCUUAUGAACUGUCUCGCAGUCUUGCUUUCCACUUCCUUACCAAGCGAGGAGACCUCAGCUCAACAGAAAGCAUAUGUCACAUAUUCACUUUCUCUUCUAUCCCAGUCUGAUAUAAGCCCAACGAUCACUCUCCACGAGGCGCGGAACAUCCUCGCUGCAGCUGGCACGACCGGACUCCGAACAUGGGAAGCUGGUCUCCAUCUAGGCAACUAUCUGUGUGCGAAUCCAAAUACCAUUCGCAGGAAAUCUAUACUGGAACUUGGGUCUGGGACAGGCUAUAUUUCAAUUCUCUGUGCCAAGUAUCUGGAGGCCGGCCAUGUCCUCGCAACGGAUGGAGACGAUGACGUUGUGGCUAGCUUUUCGACAAACUUUUACCUUAACGGCCUCCAUGAAUCCUCACACAUCGAAGGCAAGGAGUUGAAAUGGGGACACGCGCUCACAGGCGGCGAAGAUUCUCGCUGGAAUCUCGGUCGGCAUAUCGACCUCGUGGUUGGAGCAGAUCUAACCUAUGAUCCGAGGAAUAUCCCGCCUCUGGUUUCCACGUUCGGAGAUCUAUUUGAGCUAAAUCCUGAUCUGAAAAUACUGAUCGCGGCGACAGUGAGAAGCGAGGAGACGUUUGAGAAAUUCCCCGAUGCGUGUAGGAGAAAUGGUUACGGCUUUCGAGGAAUUGAAUUCGGGGUCUUGAAGGGCGAGGAACAGCAUGGCCCAUUCUACUCGGAUAUGGCACCGGUGAGGUUGUGUAUUAUCACGAAAAGCUAA